AUGUCUCUUAAAUCAUAUCAACGAGAAUUUAUAGAAUUUGCCAUUUCACAAGAAAUUUUAAGCUUCGGAUCUUUUAUAUUAAAAUCUGGUCGUAAAAGUCCAUAUUUUUUUAAUGCUGGUAAAUUUAAUAAAGGUAGUGCAUUAUCCACCAUCGGUAAAUAUUACGCAGCAGUUUUACAAGAUGAAAACCAUUUAGAUUAUGAUGUAGUUUUUGGCCCCGCUUAUAAAGGCAUUCCAUUAGCUUCAUCAACAGUUAUCGCUUUAUCUGAACAUUAUAAUAAAGAUGUUCCAUAUUCGUUUAAUAGAAAAGAAAUUAAGGAUCAUGGCGAUGGUGGAAGUAUUGUUGGUGCUCCAUUAAAAGGAAAUAUUUUAAUAAUUGAUGAUGUUAUUACAGCUGGAACUGCUAUUAGAGAAAGUUUGGCGAUCAUUAAAGAGAAUGGUGCAACUCCUGUUGGUGUUAUUGUGGCUGUAGACAGGCAAGAACGUGGAACGGGUGAAGUGUCAGCUAUUCAACAAAUAGAACAAGAUUAUGGUAUUCCUGUGAUGUCUAUUGUUAACUUGGAUCUUAUCAUUCAAUAUCUUAAGGAAAAGGGCGGUUAUGAUGAACGUUUGUCAAUUAUGAAGGAAUAUAGGGACAUGUAUGGUAUCAAAAAAUAA